UAUGUGGAUAUAUAGAUAGAGAUAGACAUCAAUUGGUGAGUGUCUUUCAAGUGUGACCGAGUCAAUAAUGGAAGCUCACAUAGCCAUUUUCCCGAGUCCAGGGAUGGGUCACCUCAUUCCACUCACUGGGUUAGCUCAUCGUCUUCUCCACCUCCUCCACCGUCGAGUCUUCAUCACCUUCAUCAUUCCCACCACCGCCGGAUCAUCCAUAAAACCCCAAAACGACAUCCUCAAUGCCAUGCCAGAGAACGUAAGUUCCAUAUUUCUUCCUCCUGUAGAUCUAAACGACCUUCCACAGGAUGCUGCCAUGGAGACUCGGAUAUUACUCACCGUGACUCGGUCAUUACCCGCUCUACGUCAAACACUUGUCGAGUUAACUCGUGACUCGACAAAACGACCCUCAACUUUGGUUGUAGACAUUUUUGGCCCUCCUAGUUUCGAAAUUGCCAAAGAAUUUGAUAUUUCAGCAUAUAUUUUCUCUACGGUUUCAGCUAUGACGCUGGUUACCAUCUUCCAUGUUCCUCUUCUAGAUCAGAUGUAUGCUUAUGAGUACAGGGAUUUAACUGAACCGCUAAGGUUUCCAGGAUGUGUUCCGAUUCCACGAACCGAUGCUCCUGAAUCACUUAUCGGUAAAAAGAACAAGGCGCAGAAAGAAAAGGUUGAGAUGUUCAAGAUGUAUAAUUUGCCAAAGGGUAUACUGGUUAACAGCUCUGUUGAACUAGAACCGGGUGCGUUUAAAGCCAUGGAAGAAGGUGAGUGGUGUAAACCGGAUGUGUUCCCGGUUGGACCGUUGAUACGUACAGGUUCAGAACAACAAACCCACGAUGGGUUUGAAUGUUUGAAGUGGUUAGAUAAGCAUCCGGUCGGGUCGGUUUUAUUUGUUUCAUUUGGAAGUGGUGGCACACUUUCCCAAAAACAACUCAACGAACUUGCAUUCGGAUUGGAGCAAAGUGGUCAAAGAUUUCUUUGGGUCAUAAAAUGCCCAAACGAAAAGGCAAAUGCAGGUUACUUCAGUGCAGAAAACCAUGUUGACCCGUUUACGAUUUUACCCGAUGGGUUCUUGGAUCGGGUCAAGGACCAUGGUCUGGUUGUGUCAACUUGGGCCCCUCAAGUUGAGAUCCUGGGUCACGGCUCAACCGGAGGGUUCUUGACACAUUGUGGGUGGAACUCCAUUCUCGAAAGUAUCGUGAAUGGAGUUGUGAUGAUUGCAUGGCCGCUUUUCGCAGAUCAAAAAAUGAAUGCUGUGAACUUGACGGAUAGUCUCGGUGUUGGUUGUCGGGUGAAAGUGGGUGAAAACGGACUGGUGGCAAGAGAUGAAAUCGAGAAGUGUAUUAGAAGUUUGAUGGAAGGAGAAGAUGGGCGUAAGAUGAGGGUGAAAAUGGAACAACUGAAAGAGGGUGUUGCGAUGGCGUUGAGCCAAGAUGGUUCAUCAACCACGUCACUUUUAGACAUGGCUAAAAAAUUAGAUUUUUAGGUAUAUAACCUUAAAUGAAAGGACCGAUUAAUGUUGCAUGUUUUUAUUUAAUUGUUGCCAUUUAAUAAAAACUAUUAUAUGUUUAAUAU